AUGCUCUCCCACACAGGACCAGCCAGGUUCACCCUGUUCCUGCUCUGCUGCAUGGAAACUUCGCUGACCUCCCAUGCAGCGCCCGCCCAACGGCUACAACCACGCGAUGUUCGGAAAAUCAUCUUGGAAUUACAGCACUUGUCGAAGGGACUUUUGGAAGACUAUCUGAAGAGAGAGACCGGGGUGCCGGAAUCCAACCAUUUCCUGCUGCCGUGUCUCACCUCUGAUUCCCAGCCACCACGGAUCAACAGCUCAGCCAUCCUGCCUUAUUUCAGGGCGAUCAAACCAUUAUCAGACAAGAACAUGAUCGAUAAAAUCAUAGAACAGCUCGACAAACUCAAAUUUCAACACGAGCCAGAAACAGAAGUUUCUGUGCCUGCAGAUACCUUUGAAAGUAAAAGCUUCAUCUUGACGAUUUUACAACAGUUCUCGGCGUGCCUGGAAUGUGUGUUUAAAUCACUGAACCCCGGACCCCAGUAGGUCAUGCAAGGCCAUCGGGUUGAACCUAUUCCUUUUGGAACAGCGGACAUGUAUGAAGCCUUGAGACAAUACGACUGACAGCCAAGUGUGACAGCUCUGCUUUGAGUUGUCAAGUAAAUUAUUCUAAUAAAUAAUCUCAAAGAAUCCCCAGGUGGGCUAGUCUUGGGAGGACUGAGGUAUAAAUGUGUGAAUUAACUUGAAAAGACUUCAGGU